AUAGUUUUUUGAAAAUGAGGCUGUUUAAACGGAAUAGCCAAAGCAAGAUCAAGAUUGAAGGUUUAGUCUCAAAGAAUGAACUUGAUAGUCAAGAAACAAGUGAAUUUACUUCUGGAUCAAGAGAUAUUACAGAUCUCAUUGGACAUUUGAAUCAAGAUAAGGCUGAAGAAAUUUGUUCAUUUGUGGAGACUGAUUGUUUCGAUCAGGAUUUGCCAGCCAUUCAAGAGCGGGAAAAAGCUUUCAUCAGCAAACCCACCAGUUAUGGAAGUCAACCACUUGCUGUUGAGAAACCCAGUUUAUUUGAGAGCAAUCCGAUUGCGACAAUUGUCGAUCAAGAUUCUUCAGCCUCAAAAUUAACCUCGAAGACUAUUGAAACUGUUGAUAUAGAGUCAGCCGAUGAACCAACGUCAGAAAGUAAACGGAAAUCGGUGAAAGACUAUUUUGCCAUUGCCUCAACAAAAAUUACCAAUGCCAAAACUCCCGAAAGUUCUAUGAAAACUCCGACUUCGAGAAAAAGACAAGUAGAUGCAGAAAUUGAAAAAAUUUUUGGCGGCGAGUCUGAACAUGUAACUAAGACACCCAGAGUGAAAAAAUCGAAGAAAGCCAGACUGGCUGAAGGUAGCGAAACGUCAUUUGCAGUUCCUGAUAGCUUGAAGGGGCUGAAGUUACAGGACUUGGGAAAUCAGAGCGUGAUCGAAGAUUGGUUCAAGUGCCGUCGGAAUCCAGGGUCUAGCCUGGACACCCCAAUUCUAAAUAAGAGACCACGCCCACCUGUGACCAGAGUGAAAAGAUGUCAAGAGAGUCUGCAGACAGUGUCAUUGGCGUCACUGGUGAAGGAUUUGAAGACAUCGAAUCUGAAACUGGUCAAUUUUGUGUCAGAUUUGAAAAACUAUCUCUGA